CAUGUACACACACGAAUGAAAAUAUAUAAUGGUUAAUAAAAUAACCUACACCGGCACUGUCCAAAUUAUCGAUCUCUGUCUGACCGAUUGAUCCGAAACUUCGUUCAUGGUGCCAUUAAACUUUGAGUGUGUUCAAUUUGAAUCCCGACUUGGUAGGACGCGAUCUCAUUUGACUUGUAUCCAGACUCAUGGACACUUGCAGCCUUACGACAGUCCAAUGAAAGAGAAACCCCCCAACUCUGCGCGGUCGACAGUUCUGAGAAGUGCCAGACUAGAAAUGGGAGGCAGCAGAGAAGAGUUCUCCAAAGACCGUAAUGUAUCAUUGAUGCAAAAGUUAAAAGCUCACUACCAGAAGAAGUCUUCGUCAGACACCAACUCAAAGUAUUUGUUCAGAAUACUAUUUCAAUUUCAGGCUAUUACACAGCUCCACAUGACCUUGACCUACUUAGUACCUCACGUAUUCUCAAACUGUGAUGCUAUGAGCCAGUACUACCUGAAAGUAUUAGUCUGUUACGUAUUUGCCAUGGGUCAAGCCAACUGGCUGUGUUCAAUAUGUUACUCAAACAGAUUGCCCGACUUAAAUGAUCGACCAGAUACUAUUCCUAGGGAAUGGAUGACGAAUUGUUCCGAGACCAAUGGCCAGGAUAAGUUAGCUCUAGACUCCAAUGGAUUAGAAUGGAGAUUCUGCACAGAGUGUCAGCGGUACAAGCCCCCAAGAAGCCAUCACUGUGUAGCCUGCAAGACUUGUAUACUGAGACGAGACCACCAUUGCUUCCUGAUAGGAACAUGUGUUGGUCAUUACAACCAACGUUACUUUAUAGUCUUCUGUUUCCUUGGGGUCAUCACUGGCCUGGCAGGCUUCUACAUGACCCUGUCUUAUCUUAGAAACAUGUCUGAAGCGUACACUUGGCUGGACUACAUUUUCCCUUGGUCUCUCUUUAAGUUUGUCAUUGGAAGAGUUUCCUGGCAGUUUCUGCUGCUGACUUUCCACGCCGAGAUGCUGGCCGUGUUUGGAACCAUGAGUGUCAUCUACAGCAUUGGUCAGUUCACAUUGGUUUCCAUGGGGAUGACAUUGUAUGAAGUAGCCAAGCAGGUGGACGUUAAGAUUAGCAGCUCCAGGGGCGAGAAUCUUCGAAUGGUGUUUGGUGAUUACUGGGCACUCAACUUUCUGUUCCCUGGUCAGAUCCUUUUUAAACAACGACAUGAUGGGAUACAUUUUAAUAAUAUUACUAUCAAUGGUCAUAAAGUCAGUAUAGAAUAACGAAGAUAAAGAUGAUAGAUCAUGUGGUCAUUUCAAAGCGUACCUUAGAACUAACUCAAGAUAGAUCAUGUGGUCAUUUCAAAACAUACCUUAGAACUAACUCAAGAUAGAUCAUGUGGUCAUUUCAAAACAUACCUUAGAACUAACUCAAGAUAGAUCAUGUGGUCAUUUCAAAACAUACCUUAGAACUAACUCAAGAUAGAUCAUGUGGUCAUUUCAAAACAUACCUUAGAACUAACUCAAGAUAGAUCAUGUGGUCAUUUCAAAACAUACCUUAGAACUAACUCAAGAUAGAUCAUGUGGUCAUUUCAAAACAUACCUUAGAACUUACUCAAGAUAGAUCAUGUGGUCAUUUCAAAGCAUACCUUAGAACUAACUCAAGAUAGAUCAUGUGGUCAUUUCAAAUCAUACCUUAGAACUAACUCAAGAUAGAUCAUGUGGUCAUUUCAAAACAUACCUUAGAACUAACUCAAGAUAGAUCAUGUGGUCAUUUCAAAUCAUACCUUAGAACUAACUCAAGAUAGAUCAUGUGGUCAUUUCAAAACAUAUCUUAGAACUAACUCAAGAUAGAUCAUGUGGUCAUUUCAAAACAUACCUUAGAACUAACUCAAGAUAGAUCAUGUGGUCAUUUCAAAACAUACCUUAGAACUAACUCAAAUAUCUCCUCUUCAUGACGUGAAUGUCUGAAACUUGCAAUGACAUGACGUAUUUGCCAUUCCUGACGCCCUUGUCUUGACGUCAGCGCUUCUAAUUAGUCUUGACGUCCGUCAUUCCUAAUAGUCAUGACGUCAGUUCUUCCAAAUAAUCUUGACAUCGGUGCUUUUAAUUAGUAUUGACGUCAUUUUCAAAUAAUUGUGACGUCUGCUACUUCAAAGAGUCCCGACGUAUGCGUGAAAAGGCUCUUGGCUAUUUUAAGGACUAUGUAACUAGAAAGUAUUUGGAUCAAAAACUUGCCUUCAACUCUAAAACAACAUUCCUGCAUUCUCGGGACAAAACUGACAUACUUGGGACUUCUUCUUCAAGCCAGCAUUAUUGGGAAACCAAAUAAACAACGACAUAACAAAACAAACAAAAAAAAAGAGAAGUGGACUAUUUCUAUCGAGACUUUCUUCUUCAGUGUGACAUUCUUCUUCAGUGUGACAUUCUUCUUCAGUGUGACAUUCUUCUUCAGUGUGACAUUCUUCUUCAGUGUGACAUCCUCUUUCUAGAGUUUCAAUUACUUCCUCACAAAGUUUCUAUUCACUCUGUCUUGAGAGUAGCGUGUACACGUUGGUUCUCCCAGUUCAAAUCUCGGAUCAAGUUGCACAAGUAUUCAUUGACAUGUUGUCAUGUGUUGAACCAAUGAAAUAGUUCUACACCGAACAUAUUGCAAAACUUCUGAGUAGCAUGUUACAUUUGUUUCCCUUUCUUUCUUUCAGCGUAUUGUCACUGUCACUGAUGAAUUAAAGUGGGUCACAGCAUUUAUAAACAGAUAUUACAAACUAAUCUGUGUCACUUGUUUGUCGAUGUGGAAUAUAUACAUGUAAAAAUGGUAAAAAGUCAUCUUCCUUAUUAAAAACCUCCAGUGUUUGGUACUAUUAAUAGUGAAUAGUUGUAAAAAAAUGAUGUAUUUUUUAUGAAAAAACUGCUUGCUUAAUUGAUUUUAAAAAUUAGAUUUUUCGCUUUCAGAAAAGAAAAAAGUAGCCGUUGCAUCAGAACGUUGAAUGAUCUAAAAUAUCAUGUUCGAUUUUCAUUUCCUCUUCUAGUUUCUGAGAUCUAAACGGGACAGACGGAUAGACAGGCCACACAAACCAAAUAGCGUCUUUUCUCCUUUCGGGGGCCGCUAAAAAAGUCCUAUGCCGAACUGGGAGUCGACCUCUUAGUAAGGUUUUGACAGGGCGUCGCAUGAGGUUAGCGGGACAUGUUCUCCGACAAAAUGAAUUACGCAUAAUAAGAGUUGCGAUGACAUGGAAGCCAUUACAAGGAAAGCGCAAACAUUGACAUCCUAGUACAACUUGGCGACACACUUUCAUGGAGGUCCUCAGAGCAGGUGGGAGGAGGCUUCAGACAUUGCCAGUGACAGUUUUUUGUGGAAGCAGCUAGCCGCCCAAUGCGCCGAACAACGCGGGAGGAUCUAAUUCAGUAAGAAUAGCACAUACGGUUUUUGAAAUAAAACUUUUUAAUAGCAGAAUAAUGCACUAUAGGCUAGAUACCUCAGAAAAUGCAUUUCUUUGGCUUUCAAUACCGGAAAUAGUGCUUGGCGGUGGGAAUUCACCUCGUGCUGGGGAGCUCACAGCGCUUCCCCUGACCUCCUUGCUGGCAAUAGCGGUUAGUUAACAAUUUUUCCACUAACUCCUGGAAGAACCUAUUCUAGGGCACAAUAAACGUCUUCCGAAAGAAUGAAAUAGAGAUUAUUGAUGUACACACACACACGCACGCACACACACAUAUAUUUCUUUUUGCGGGCAAACACCCCCGCAACCCCCCCCCC